AAACACUUGCUUAUCUUGUCUGCGGGGUGGCACUAGUGCUGCAUUGGGUUAGGCGGGAAAUCUCCUCCCUUGACACCGCCUUUCACCAACUUCUUGAUAAAGUGAACAUCUCUCGUGUCAUCUCAAUCUAUCAUCCGGAUAUUGUGCCGUUCGGCUUUGUUUUCUCCCUCUCUCUUACUCUCUCUAUUCCACCCCGGUUUGAUAUUACUAUCCCACCAUUGACAAAAGAAUUUCGCUUCCGGGGGAAACCUUAUGUUCAGUUCGAGACGGUAGUCAUAGUUGGCAAGGGUCGUGGCAUCUCUAGCCGCUGCUCUGAAGGCCGGUCGUUUUACCUACAAAUCACCUCUGGUCUUUCUUGGUAUACAUCAAGUGAAGAGAACCUGUUGCGUCAUGGCUUCACGCAGGUCGAGGUCUCCAUCGACCCCUUCUGAGGGUGAGAUCAUCGAAUCAGGUUCAGAGACGAAGGCAACUACGUCGCAACUUCCUCUUAAUGGCAACAGCGUUGACCGUCCCACCAGAGCCAGUAUAUCACCGGCGUCCAGAUCUCCAGCAUCUCUAAGCAGCAGAUCGCCUCGCCGCCGAAGAUCGAGAACGAGAUCGCGUUCCCGGUCCCGCUCUCCCUACCGAAGCUAUAGAGGCCAUAAGCGUCGACUUGAUGAUGAAUAUGAUGAUCGACGAUUCCGUCCCGAUUCUUCGCGACGCGUCGGAUAUCCAUACGAUGACCGUUACUACGAUCGUGGUUCCUCGCACAGACGGCCCAGACCCUACCACGACUAUGAUCGCGAAGAGGAUUAUGGUGGUGGUCUUAGAUAUAGCGAUGACUAUGAUCGACGUCGGGAUAAGCGCCCUCGUACUCGAAGCCGAACACCUCCGUACCGCGAAAUCCGGAAGCCUAAGCAAUACUCGGGCGACGAGUGGGAAGCUAGUAUGGUCUCCAGGGAUGCUAGAAGAGGGUCGUCUACUGAACAGUUAGUGAGCGAACGAGGGCAAACACCCGUCGCUCGAGAUUCUAAAGGUGAUGCUGAAACUCGAACGAUUCAGGUGCAGCAAGGUUCUGAAGAUGCCUUGUCGCUUACCGAAGAAAGCACAAACGCAACGGCGCAAAACGUCCCGGCAGAGCCUCAACCGGCCGAACCGAUUGACGAAGCAGCUCAAAUGGAAGCUCGUCGGAAACGGCGUGAAGCUAUCAGAGCUAAGUAUAGAGGACAAGCCACGCCUUUACGUUUACAGGCACUCCAUAUUGCAGGUGAUAGGGAAUCAUCUACACCUAAUAGCGAGCCAAUUGCAUCAAAUAAUACAGCGUCAGAAUCCCAGCCGUCGGCUUCUCAGACGCCAAAUGACAGCACUGGAGAGAUGUUUUCCGACUUCAAAAUCGGCAGCGACGCUGAUUUGUUUAACGACAGAGCAUCCAUGGAUGGAACUGAUAAAGAUGAACCUUCUGCAGCAGACUAUGACCCAACCCUGGACAUGAAAGCCGAGCGGGAAAAGCAUACAAGUGUAGAUGUUUCUGCUGCGUCCUACGAUGAAACACAAACCACCAAACAAGAUGUCUUAAUUCCUGAUGCUGCACCAGUGCAACAGGAACAGCCCAAAGCGAAGGAUCCAUACGAUAUGUUCGCAGAGGAUGAUGAUGACAUGUUUGCCGAAGAAACACAGGAUACAGCACAACCAGCGCAUGCUUCAGCCAUGCCGGCGGUACCUCAGCCUCAAGAACUUGAUAUCAGUAUGAUGGACAACUGGGACGAUCCUGAAGGAUACUACAAUGUGCGGCUUGGUGAGUUGAUCAACGGACGGUAUCAUGUGCAGCAGAACCUUGGAAAAGGGAUGUUCUCAUCGGUAGUUCGCGCAACCGACUCGAAAACCGGUAGGCUGGUUGCCGUCAAGAUCAUUCGACAAAACGAUACCAUGAAGAAGGCGGGCAUGAAAGAAAUUGGCAUUUUGGAGCAGCUUCGCGAAGCCGAUCCCGAUGAUAAAAAGCACAUCAUUAAAUUCGACCGCCACUUCGACCACAAGGGGCAUCUCUGCAUGGUUUUUGAGAAUCUCAGCAUGAACCUACGUGAGGUUUUAAAGAAGUUUGGACGAGAUAUUGGUCUGAAUUUAAAAGCGAUCCGGGCGUAUGCACAGCAGAUCUUCCUCGGGCUGAGUCUCCUCCGGAAGUGUAACAUUCUCCACGCGGACUUGAAACCCGACAAUCUGCUGGUGAACGAACAGCGAAAUAUCCUUAAGGUGUGCGAUUUGGGCUCUGCCUCCCCUGCUACCGACAACGAGAUUACCCCAUACCUUGUGAGUCGAUUUUACCGAGCCCCCGAGAUCAUCCUAGGGAUUCCCUACGAUCACGCCAUUGAUGUGUGGUCUAUUGGUUGCACGCUGUUUGAGUUGUACACGGGCAAAAUCCUGUUUACGGGGAGGAACAACAAUCAGAUGCUACGGUCGAUCAUGGAAUGCCGGGGCAAAUACCCACCCAAGCUUCUACGACGGGGGUCGCUGACCCACAUGCAUUUUGAUGGCAUGCUGAAUUUCCACAGCACGGAAGAAGACAAGAUCACUGGGCGACUGGUCACGCGGGUGGUUGACUUCAAGAAGCCCACCCGGGAUCUGAAAACGAGGCUGAUGGGCAAAGGUACCCGCGGGAUGACGGACAGCGAGGCCAAGGAGCUGACCCUGUUUGUGGAUCUGUUGGAUCGCUGUUUGAGUCUCAACCCGGAGAAGCGGUGCACGCCGGCUGAGGCUCUGAAGCAUCCGUUCAUUGCGCGGCCGAAGACAUAGUUCGUUGCCAGGAGCGGAGCCUCACUUCAACCAUUUUGUAUAUAGUAUAAUGUCAUCGUAGAAAUAUCUGUCUACUUAGUCCAACGAGAGAAUAUACCACCGCUC